AUGGCAGUAAGUUCUAUUUGGUUGCACCUGGUAUCACCUGACCAGCACACCCAGACUCCCCGACUCGAAGAUUUCUUCUGGACAGGCUCUGGGGACGGGCCACCACCGCCAGACCUAUCAGCGCCACUACCAGUUCCGAGCAUACCAGUGGUACACACCACCACCGUCCUUGCUACUGUCUACUUGGACUCAUAUCCUCCUCAGGCGGUGACGGACAGCACGGGUGACUGCCUCCACAACUGCGGAGACUCUUCUCCCGGCAGUCUGGAGCCAGACGUGCCUGAUGAUAGGCGCUACUGGCUCCUCACUGUCAUACAGGGGUCUACUCCUGAUAGCUUGCAAUUACGUCUUGCGAGACUUUACCAAAAGGCGUUUCUGAGGCAACAAGAAAGACACCUAGGAAUCAUUAAAUCAUUAGAUGCCUCGCCACCUAGAAAAAAACAUGACGUGCAUUCAUUUGUCGUAAAUAAAGACCAUCAAAUUAAUCCUAUAAGUUCCGACACUCUAUUCAAAUACUCCGAAAUAGAAAGUUCUAUAAUUAAUAUCGGUGAUAUCACUCCAACAAACACUAUAAUGUCUAGCUUCGCCACUCUUGUGAAAAUUCCAGAAUCAAUUGGUUUAAAGGGUGGAAUGUAUUUAGCAAAUAGCAUAGACCCUUCAUUAAUAGAUGAUAUUGAACCAACUGCAUUAGCUGAUACAGAAUCUUGGGUAUUAGUAACACCAACUGUAGUAUUAAAGAAAAGAGAAAUCAAUGUAGGGGAAGAAUUUGAUAUGAUGAAAGAAGACAUGAUCGAUUUGCCUCUAGAAGAAGAGGGUAAUAAUGGAUCUUUGCUGUAUAAACGUGAAAUUAUCAAACCUGACCAACAGCCGCCAGUGCAAGUGCACAUCCAAAAUAUAUCAGAAUCAGCGGAAACAGGUAGUGUUCAAAUAGUGUACGUAGUGUUGGUGGGGGGGAGGGCCGUGCCAGCCGCAGUGGCUGCGAGGGACAUGCGUCUGGUGCGGGAUGCUGAGGUUGCUAAGGAGUUGGGCGCUGUUGUUACUACUAAGGCUGAGCCAGCGUAUCUCAAAGCAGCUGAAGGGUUGGAGGGGGAAGCGGCACCAGCUGGUGUGCACGGAACCGAACUCUGGGCUCUGAUAGUGGGCUCCACCAUAGCGCUUCUGCUGCUGGUGAUACUGUUCGUGCUACUGUGCCUGGCGCAUAGGAAGAAAUCUUUGAAAUCCGCAGCAUCCCUUCGAGCCUAUAGAAACGAGUUGAUGCGUGAGUUGGAACAGAGUAAGCAAGAACGAGAAGAAAAGAACGCAAAGUUAAUAAGCGUGGUGUCUCCGAGCAGAACGCGACCGAGUAGUGCCCUACUGCCUAUUUAUAGGAAGGACAGUACUUCUGGUUCAUCCACUACAUCAUCAGGUGUAUCGGAGGUGGCGGUGGCUCUGCGCAGGCGACAGAAAAAGCCGCAUGCGCUCAGAAUGCCUCAAAAGAAAAGAGUGGGAACAACAGACAGUCUGCUAGAAGCGGCGGGUGUGGACAGCUCGGACAGCGGACACACCCCCACUUCCUAUCUCUCCAUGCCGUCUAUUUCUGCCUUUCCCAGGGGCAAUACCGUAGAACCAUUGUCUCGGAUCCUAGAACCGGUGUCCGUCCGUCACUUGGACGUAGACUCACCUGUAUCCAGCCGCAAGGGGCAGGACACAGUGCCCCGGAGGCAAAUGCCCUCGCAACUGGUGCGUUUGGGCAGUAUCGACAAGGACCCGGGAGUUAUUGGACCUCUAGUUUGGGACCUGCAUUGCCAGAGGAUAAAGGAUGCGUCCAAACCCUCAACCCCAAUGACGUCAAGCCAGGAGCCAGGCCGCAUGAGGCAGAGGUUCAAUGAGCUGAUGGAUGAUGCCUUCACACUCUUCGGGAGUGCGGGUUCGACUCCCUCCAACGACACUUACACGGUUGAGAGGGAAGAUAAGGCAAAUGAGCCGAUGGCCCAAGCCCGCAACGACAACGUGCGCCUCCCGGCGUCGCCUGCGCAUGCGAGAGAUACCGCUCGCGGUAGAUCCGCUGGAGUUGGACGCGUCAGCAGCGCGGCGCCCGCGCACCGGCGCGCCGCCUGGGCUCCGCACGCGCAGUCUAUAAGUCAAGCUCGGCUGCCUUCCGCUCCAGUGGUGAACACCGCUCUCAUCACCACUGAGGGCAAGCUGCCUCCAGAUGACCCAGCAUUACCUCUAAUAUCCGCUAUCAAGAGCGAGAUACAACGCGUCAGAGAAAAUGCUAUGAAACCUAAUAAUUAA